AUGGAGGUAACUCAAGUGCUGCACAUGAAUGGGGGCGUGGGAGAAGCAAGCUAUGCAAACAAUUCCUUAGUUCAGCAAAAGGUGCUGACACUGACAAAGCCGAUUCGAGAGGAAGCCAUAACAACCUUGUGCUGCAAAACGCUCCCGGAAAGACUAGUGAUUGCAGACUUAGGUUGCUCUUCUGGUCCAAACACUUUCUUUGUGGUUUCUGAAGUUAUCAAAACAGUGGAGAAGCUUUGCCGGGAGCUUAACCUUCUAUCUCCGGAAUACCAAGUCUUCUUGAAUGAUCUUCCAGGGAAUGACUUCAACAACAUCUUCAGGUCUCUUGGAAGCUUCAACGACAGACUCAGUCGUGAAAUGGUUUCUGGGGUUGGUCAUGGCUUCUUAGCCGGGAUCCCUGGUUCCUUCUAUGGCAGGGUUUUUCCUUCAAGAAGUCUCCAUUUUGUCCAUUCCUCUUAUAGCCUUCAGUGGUUAUCUCAGGUUCCCAAAGGAGUGGAGAACAAUAAGGGCAAUAUCUACAUGGCACGCACAAGCCCUUCAAAUGUGUUGAAGGCUUAUUACCAACAAUUUCAAAAAGACUUUUCAUUGUUUCUCGAGUGUCGUGCAAAGGAAGUGGUGGAAGGGGGCUUUAUGGUGCUCACAUUUUUGGGUAGAAAAAGUGAUGACCCCUCUAGCAAAGAAGGUUGCCUUAUUUGGGAACUUAUGGCCACAGCACUCAAUGACAUGGCCUCCAUGGGAAUUAUAAAAGAAGAGGAAGUGGACUCGUUCAAUAUACCCCAAUACACACCAUCCCCAUCUGAAGUGGAACAAGAGAUAGUGAAACAAGGGUCAUUCAGCAUCAAUCGCAUGGAGGUAUCAGCAGUGAAUUGGAAUGCGUACGAUGAUUGGAACGCAGUAGACAGUGAAUUUAGUAAGUCCGAAGCAGUGAGUGAUGGUGGAUAUAGUGUCACAAAGUGCAUGAGAGCUGUGGCCGAACCCUUACUGAUUAGCCACUUCGGCGAGCGUGUCGUUGAAGAAGCUUUCAAGAGGUACCAAGAGAUCUUAACAGACCAUAUGUCCAAAGAGAAAACUGAAUUCAUCAAUGUCACCUUGUCUGUGACCAGAAAAGCGUGA